AUGGGUGGAACGGGACGACUGCCGGGCCUUACGCAAGGUUCUGCGAAACCCGGGCUGAAAUUUAAGCCUAAGGCGCUAGCAAGACGGUCGAAAGAAGAACGAGACAAGACGGUGCCGAAACCCACAAACGAGGAGUUGAGUGAUGGACACAACUCCAAAAAGAAGUACAGCAAAAAGGAUCAAGGAAACAGGCAGAAAAGGGUGCCCAAGUAUUUGUUGAAUACCAGAGUGGUGGGCGCUGGAUUUGGAGCAGAGAACUUUGCAGGAGGAGGAGGAAUCAAUGCGAGAGCAGGUUUCAUUAAAAGCGAGGAUGGUGGCUCAGGUCAUUCACAGCUCAUGCAGCUUGGUCUGCAAGGUGUAAAUGGGAAUGUAAAGGAUGCCAACGAAGACGGAGACUCGGAUGGUGGAGAUGGACGCACUAAAAUUAAUAUGGGCCGUGAGUACCGGUCCACUGAGCUGGAAGCAUCCGAUGAUGAGGAAGGUGAAGCCUUAGGGCUACCGAUCGGUCCGAACGGUGAAGUAGACGAAGAAUCUUUGCGGUCCAAGCGACUUGCCCAUUUUUUCCCAGUCAGAGCUGUCAGAGUGCGUCAUGAAGACAUUGAUUCUGCUCAGAAGGAACUGAAGGAUUCGCUUUCAGACCAAACCACAAGGGAGCCCACUCCUGGCACUGCACUGAAAGAAGAAGAAGGUGACCUGCCUGCCGUAUUGCAACAACGCGACGUAGAGUUGCAAGACAAACUCAACGCCUUGCAGUUGCAGAACGAAUUUGCAUCCGUCGACUAUCAAGAAGGGCUCGACGAGGUCAGACGUCUCAAUCAGGACCAUGCUCACAUUCACAAGAAACUAUCCAAGAUCAACGAUCAGCCAGGUAAAUUCAUGUUUUUCCAAUUACCAGCUGUGCUCCCUGAUUUUGAACUGCCGCAGCCUACUGAAAAGACUGAAGGAACAGAGGAUAGCGAAGCUACGAAAGCGAAAGAAUCACAGGGCGAAAUCUCAAAAACAGAAGAAAGUUCUUCAAAUGACCCACAAGAACCGCGCACCGAAGUAUCAAAGGACGAAAAGUCGAAUGGCAAGAAAGAGGUCACAGAACAGGUUGAUAAGCCGCUGUCUGGGAACAUUGGCUCGCUCAGAGUCCACAAAUCCGGUAAACUCUCUAUCAAAAUUGGAAACGUGGUGAUGGAUAUCAACAGAGGCGCUGAAAGUACGUUUUUACAAGAGGUUGUGGCUCUUGAUGAGCGAGCUGAGGAGCGUACAGUCGAAUUACUGGGUCAAAUAGUAGGCAAGGCCGUGGUGACACCAAGGUUUUGA